UAUGGCCAGAGGAUUCUAUGUUUUGACUUACAAGGGGCAGAUAAUCAAAAGAUCACUUAAUAUAGAUGAAUAACCCCUUGAUGCGUGUCAACCAGCUAGUAAUAAACUCACAUUUGGUGUGCUCAGAACAGUAAAAAGAUGAAUAAAAAUACUCUCGCAAUGCAUGCUUGAAGAUGAGAUGAGGGCUUCUAAUUUGCUUUAGUGUCUGCAAGUGUAAAACCAAGCAUAGGGGCUGGCAGUUGCUCUAGGUGAUUAGUUGGAGUUAACAAGCAUGCUAGAUUUAGUCAAUUUAUAUACCACUCUUCCUGAAGUGGCUCAGGGCAGUCUACAUUAAAAUAAAAAACACAUAAUAAAAGUUAAAAUUAAAAUUUUUACACCAAAUUAAAAUUUAACAUUAAAACUAGAUAUAAUUAAAAGCCAGGCUAAAAAGAUGGGUCUUUAAAGCUCUCCUCUCAGAUCCAUGGAGAGCAUGUUACACAACUAGGGGUGACAACUGAGAAGGCCCUGUCCCAGGUCACCACCAAAUGAACCUGUGGCACCCAAAAAAGGAGCCCUCCUGAUGAUCUUAAUGAGCGGCAAGGAUCUUGUAGAGAAAGGCACUCUCUCAGGUGAGAUGUCUGAAAAGCUAAGCAGAUGCCGGAAGGAGCUAACUGCAGCUAUUGACAGAGCAAUGGAAGAUCUCUCAGUUCCUUUCCAUCACUCCCCAGACAGCACCAGGGACCAGAACAUUGGCUUACAAAUAGCACAGCCCUUAACACCGCCACAUGCAGAUCUCAUUAGUCACAAGGGAGACCCCACCUCACCCACUGUGUAUUGCCCCCAGCAGUCUUUACCCAUCUCCUCGGCUCCUGAAAAAGAGAAUCCCCUCAUCAAACAGAAUGUCAUUCCAGUGACUACGGUCUCCAACACUCCUUGUACAAAACGGGAACCACUGACAAGCAAGGAAAAUACAUGGUUGCAUCCUCCAAUUUUCAUGGCAGAUAGACAGUUUUUCAUCAGCUUAGAAGACGGUGAGAGAAAAGGAUAUCUAAGCAAAACUGAUGAAAGGCCAAUGAAGUCAGAAACAGAUGUAACUACCAGUGAUGUUCCUCAAGACAGUGCAAAAGAUCUUGCUGAGAGUGCUAUUUGGCCAGCAGAAUCACUGCAAAGGAAAGUGGAUUUUGAGAACGAACUGCAACAAAUAUGUAGGAUCUCAAGUGAACUCUGUCCUCCAGAAGAAGCCUUAAUCUUGGGUCUGGAUGGGACAAGCAGGUUUAGAAAGGUCCUGGAGCACAGCCUGGAGGAUGAAGCUAUUAUUGAAACACUACUGGAUAUGGAAGAAGAUUACAGACUGAACAGCUCCACCCUGCACCAGCUGCACUAGAUAAGCUGGUGCAAGGUGUGAGCUCUCUUAAUUUUAAGACAUAAUAAAAUGCUAAACCAUGACAAACA